AGCAGUUCAUUCAUUGAUUUGGGGACUUUCACUCCAGGGUACUGAUAUUAUAUCGAAUAAAACUCAAAUGACUGCAGUUAAAGCAAGACUAGUUAAUCGAACCCUCUUUCUUGGGAGUGUGCAGGGCACAUUUACCCUGUUUUCUCCUCGAUGGGCUUCUGUCGUAUCACCUGCCUUGUCUGAGAUAUCAUCCAUAUCGGUAAGUUUGGAGUGUACUCGAUGGCAUUUGUUAAGGUCAUAUUUAAGUCAGUCUCUUCCCUUCCGGCUAUUUUGAGCUCACAAGCUACAUAAUACAUCACAACAUUUGUUAUGGCUGCUUGUCAGCAAAUUCACAGUCUGCUGACAUGCAUUGGAUGAACCCUGUAUACAAAAUCGAAGUGGUUUUAACAAAUAUGUUGCUAAACACUGUACAUAUUGGCCAGAGAGUUCUAAAACUCCACAGCCAUUGUAUAAUAGUAGGGAGUGAUCAUCAAGUCGUGGCUAACAGUAGCUCUUGGUUUAUUGUUCAUCUGAACAGUAUCUAGCUUAGCUUCCACUUAUCAAGUCGCUUUCACUAAUUGAGGGUUGAAGUUCUAGUUGCUGUUUAUUUGUUCUCAAGGUCAAAGGUUGCUUGCAGACGACGAAGACUUUUUUGAUAAUACUUCGUUCUACGAGCUUUUGAAGGAUGCAGCCAGUUGAUGAGGGUUUAGAUUAUGCAUCUCAAGGGAUGAUGGAUGAAGACAUAACAUGUACAAUAUCUAGCGAACGAGCCCCAGACCUUCAUGCUGAUUUUCGUCGAGAUUUCGGCUAUGACCCUUUCGACGAUGAUGAUUUAGAUUAAUUUUGUUGCCAAAAAUAUAUAUUUGUUUCUUUUGAACCGCAUUCUCGAUUUAGUGGAGUGAAAACUGUCUGUCUGCUUAUUUUUAUUUUUGAUCAUUAUACAAACUGCAGUGUAAUCAUUUUCAGUUUCAUUUAGUAAUGUCAAUUUUCCUGUCAUUAAAUUACACGUCGUUCAUUAACAAUAUAGUCUUAGUGACCGGUGAGAAUCUCAUUGUUUUAAGAUUAAUACUUUUGGGAUUAAGAUUCAAUGCGGUCAUUAGAGUUUUGCUAGGAAUCGACUGGUCGUUAAACUUCUACUUGAUUUUGCUUGAUCGAAUCAACAAGUUUUCGUUGCUGUAGAAACAAUCCACUAUUUAAUCUAUGACCAUUUUUAAUAGUUUUAAGCUAAUCUCACCUGUUAAAUAGUUAAUCUCCUUAACAGUCAUGCAAUAUGUUUAGUCGAGGGAUGCUUGCCUGCAGUCGAGUUAACUUACUUGACUUCGGUCAAUUUUAAGUUUUUUCAAAAAUGCUUGGUGUCAAUUCCUAGUUUUAGCUCUUAUUUAUUCCAAACAUUUGACAGCCGUAUAUUAAAUGCAAAUCUCAGUGUUAUAAGGAAUUUAGAUAUAUGCAGAAAAGCGUAAUUACCUUUUUAGCCCACGGGUGCACAUUUUUAUUGCAGUAGCAUACUGUACUUGUGGGCAUUCAUGUCUCCAGUGAGUUCCCCUUACCGUUUUCUAAUUCUUGUCACAGUUGCUCUUAAGUAGAAGUGAACCCUUUCACUUUUGUGCUUGCAAACAAGUUUUAGACAACUUGUUGAUAUGAACUACAUGAUCCCAAAGUAAUUGAUAGCAUAUUAACCUUAGUCAUCAAGAGAAUACUUCUUAUUAUACUUCAUCCCCCAUAAGGAUUAAGCUCUAAGGUUAGAGACUGAGUGGCAGUUUCUUGUCUUAUUGUCGCUCCUAAUUAGCGUUAUACCUCACACAAACCAUGGCAAUCUAAAAAGGGGCAGUCCCAUUGCAUUUGAGAUUAUAGACUGCUGGCAGCUCAGGAGGAAAAUUCCAAGUUUUUGUUCGUUGUACUGGUUUGUUUAAUCGUGAAGCUUUCAUUGUCUUUUUUAAAAAUAAUAUUUUCAGUACAUACUUCGGAAAAGAGUAAGUAACGGUAGCUCGAUGACUAAACCAUCCAUUUCAGGGAGUAGGACGUUUCCAAAACAUAAUUAUCACAAGGAGUUUACUUUGAAUCGAUUGUGGCGCGAGUGAGGUUUCUUUCAACCUAUUAAGAGAGCGAGUAUACUGCCCAGCACUCCAUUCUGUAUUACUAUAUGACUAUGAAUAUGGUCUAUGAAGAGAAUAUAGGGGUAGACUAUAAUUCUGAUCAAAGCUGUCUCCAAAGUAUUCCCAACGUAUCCUGUGAUUAAGGAGUGUGUGAGGCUGAGGUUGUUUAAGAUGCUAAGCAAAGACGGAAUAUCUACUGUGAAUCUUCAUCGACUUGAAACCUGUGUGGCUAACCAUUAUGUACUUCGAAUUACGAUGUUGUAAGAGAACUAGGGUGACCAAGAUAUAGAACCGGAUGAUGAAACCAUUGACUACUGCGGCUGUGUUGGUAAUUUCAAGCUAACUCUUGGAGCUUGGUGCAGUAAUCGUGACCAGUGGCUGCAAACUUGGUGACUUGGCUUGGGACUGGUCAGUGGUACAGAUCCAAUCACUACUUAUUUUCCUCUGAGUCUCGAGUUCCGAUAUUAGUUCGUACUUACUAUUCCUCGAAUUCACAUCUUUCUCAGUAGUAUCCCCGCCCAGUGUUUAGUCAUUAAAACUGUCCUUUCAGCUCGUUUCAGUCAGUCAGUCAGUCAGCUACAACGUAGGACCAGGCACAUUUAUGCAUCGGUCCAAGUUGCCAUGCCACAUUAACACAACAAGAUGGACACCGGAUUCAUAAAAGUAGUUAAUUCAGAGGUUGUAAUAUAUAAAAGAAAGAUUGCAAUAAGGAUAUAGUACAGGAAGAAAGAAUUAGUUCGUAAAAAGAAAGAUAUGAAGCAAUUUUAAUCUCUUAGUUUAAGGGAAGAUAGAGAGUGUAUACACCGACGCCAUUGUGAUCGAUUCUGAGCCAUGUCACCAAGAGUCUCCAACCAUUGGUUACGAUAGUCACGCGGACCCCAACCAAGUAGUCCGCAUCUACCAACAUGGCUCAGACUAGAAGUUAGUGACUUCAAGCACUGAUGCCACGUUUUUGUUUGGCCGCCCCUGACUUUCUUCCAACCAUCCCGAACGCCGGUUAGCAUUGCACGUCGUGGUAAUUGGUGUUCAGGCAUACGUAACACGUGACCCGACCAUCUCAGUCGAUGAAGAUUCACAACCUUAUCAACUGAUUUACCAUCCUUCCCUAAUACCCUGUGUCUAACCUCACUAUUACUUACCCGGUGAUCCCAUAAGAUGCGAGCAAUAUUUCUGAGGCAUCUGUGGUCAAAUGCUAGUAGCUUACGAGUGUCUUCUACUCUUAAUGACCAUGUUUCGCUGCCGUAAAUUAAAACAGAACGGACUGUCGCGCAGUAUACUCGUCGUUUUAUUGGUAGACGGAUAUCUCGCCUUCGCCAUAGGUGAUGUCAGUUGGCAAAAGCCAAGCGAGCUUUUCGAAUCCGUGCUGAGAUUUCGUCAAACACCAACUCAUUAGGGCUGAUCAGACUUCCAAGAUAAGUGAAGUUGUCAACGCGUUCCACUACUUCACUCCCUAUCCUUAGUUCAGGUGUUGACGCAGACCAGUCCUGAAGCAACAACUUGCAUUUAGAGGGAGAGAAGCGCAUUCCAAACAUUCUGGCAUUGUUGCUUAGUGCUACCAGAAGACUGCAUUUUAUCAGCGUCUUCACCAAACAGGACUAUGUCAUCUGCGUAUUCUAAGUCGAUAAGUGGACCUCCUGGAUGGAGAUCAAUACCCGAGAGUUCAGUCGACGAGAAUAUUAUUUCCAUCAAUAGGUCUCUGAUGAUGUUAAACAAAAAUGAAGAAAGUGGUCAGCCUUGACGGACACCACUUGAGGUUGCAAAAGUAGAUGACAGUUCACCAUAAGCUCUGACUCGAUUAGUAGUGUUCGAGUAAAGAGCCUUCACAAGGUUUAUAUACUUCUGAGGUACGCCUUUCAAUGACAGAUACUGCCACAGAAUAUCGCGGUCUACUGUGUCAAAUGCUGCUUUCAAGUCAAGAAAGACCAUCAUUGUCGGACGCCGGUAAGUAUGCCUAUGUUCUAGAACCUGACGAAUGGUGAAUAUGUGGUCGAUGCAGCCACGACCAUGUCUGAAGCCAACUUGAUUCUCUCGUGUUUGCAGUUCACGGGUCUUAGUUAAGCGUCGUUUACAAUUCAUGUUUUUAAUUUUCUCCCUUCGUGUUAAUUUAACAUGACAACUUGGACUGACAUACAUUUGUAGCAGUCUGUGUUGAUUGUGACCAACGUAUGUUGGGUGAAGAUUUUGACAAAAAUGUCCAACCAUUGUAUAGUGAAAUCAUUGCCAGACUCAUCCCCAGGCGUCUCACAUAAUGUGUGCGAAAAUCAGCAUUGUUUAUAUGAGUUAACUACUUGUUAACUCGGAAAUAUUCCAGAGCCACGUUGUCUGUAAUUGACUUUCAUUCAUUACACUUAUGAAUCGUGUCCGAGAAGCUCUGUCCCACAUCUGGGAAACUUGGCUCCCUUAUGAUGAAUUAGUUUAUCUGCUAAUGAUUGGUCAUAUUCUGUGGUUACGCCAUGUAGAUAAUGCUGAGAUCAGGUAACAUAUGUAAACAAUAAGGACUCAUUUUUCCUUUGUUAUGGUGAAAUCUUGAUUUCAUUUGAAUGAAUAUUUAUAACUCUUAGGUUCUUCACAUCCUGCUGUGUAUAGAUUGGCAUAUAUAAUCGGUAAAACGGUGGUUUAGUGGUUGAAGUACUUAUCUUUCAAUCGAUAAGUUACAGAUUCGAAUACUGCUUUCAUCUACUUUGAGUGGAGCACCCGCGUAGAAUCAUCAGCCUUUACACAAUAAACACUUGACUCAAAGUUGAGUGUAUAAACUUUUUGUUAGUAAAUGAGUUAACGUGGUUGUUGAGUAAUGGGGAAUGUUAAUGCUUCCAAAGUACUUGGCUAUUUUUUGCUGGCAUUCUAAUAAUGGUCUCGUGGUAUUGUAAGUUCUAAUGAUUCCUCGUAUUUAUGCUAAAAUAUUCUAACGACGGUGUAAAUUUUCACUAAACAUAAAGCUAAUUUGUUCACAAGUAAGCUGUGAAUUUACGGUUACUUAGGGGAACUGAAUAGAUAUUUGGUGGGCAAAAGGAAGGUAAUUAUGAUUAUUAUUUCAACACAAGUUUAAAACUCAGUCACUUAAGUUUGCCCGUCAUACUCAGACAAAAAAUAAUGGUACACGGCUCUUGAUUUCGAAACUAUCUAGUUGGUUAGCUGUCAAAUCGAAGUCUACUUUAUACAUAAAGAUAAUAAACUGAGUUUCCAACUGUCCAAAAUAAAGUUUUAUCCCGCACAACUUCACACAUUUGAUUGAUUUAAUUCUUUGAAAUAGAACAUAUUAACUUGUUUUUCAUGUGCAGAAAACCAGAGAACUAAAGUUAACUAUGGUAUUGUAUUACGAAUCUUUUCAUGUAAUGGGUCAUGUAUAAACUACUUCCUUAACUGGUCGUGUUUAUAAAUUUUUAUUGAUGGCUAGAAUUUCUACGUUAUGUGUGUUUUCAUGGAGUUUCUUUUAGGAAAUUUUCAUGGUUUUGAUAGUAAUGUUUCUUGUUCUAGUUAACAACAAACUGUACAUCUUGUUUAGAUUCUCAACCAAUUGGGAAUCGUAAGCUUUUUCCGGACUAUUCAAUACAUAUACUUCCAACCUGAUUAGGGAUCCAUAAUUUUGUUUGAACUUUGGACUGAUGAUAUUUUUGGCUUACACUACAUUCUUAUUGUUUCUUAGGUGUAUACUUCAUUAGUGAGAGACGUAAUAGCGUUUUUUGUAAGUUGUAUAUGGCUGGUCAAAAUAUGCCUUCAUGUUUUUAUUGUUGCGUAUGUGUCAUAUGAUCUUAAAAAUAAGAGCUUACUAAUACUGUCUAUGUUAACUCAGUUAAUAAUAUCUAAACUUACCUUUAAACACCUACGCGUAACUUGAUAUUUUUUUUUAAAAUUUCGUGUUUGUGGUUUGUUGUUCACUUUUUUGGAUUGUAAGUUUACUAUUUAUAGCCUGAAUAUCCUGCUAAACAUUGGUACUUGCCAUUCAAGACUAACAGGAAAUAGUUAUAAAUGGGAUUGUGAAAUAUCAUUAUAUGGAAUAUUAUUAGAUAAUUAAACAUUGUUCAGUUGAAUUGGAUUUAAACCAGUGUUUCAAUCACUAAACUGUGUAUCUCUUAUUAACGAUUUCGUAGAUGAUAAGAAGGAUGUAUUAAGAACUUAUUGUUUAUAAGUCUUUGAUGCAUCUUACUUUUCUAAGUAUAGGUAAAAUUAAUAUGGCUUCGAAUCUCAAUUAUUUCCUUCUAGUCUAGUUAUUAGCUUAUAAUUGCGUCGUAGAAACACUCAUAUAACGGUUUCUUUCGUUUAAGCUUUUAUGUGAAGUGCUACUCUGAUUUUUCGUUUACUAGCUCAUAAAUUUGUUGAAUGUAUUAAUACUUUCGAGUUGUCAUAUAUUUCCAGUUUUUAUACCGAGGCUUCAAUGUCACGCAGCUGUAUAUACCAUCUUCAUUCUUCACUGCUUUCUAAACGUAUUAAUCCUGAGGAUGUUUGGCGCGUAUUUAUUAGUCGUAUCCAAGCCGAUAUGCAAGGUGUUAAAGAUGGUUUAUCUGUGUCCAAACUUGGUCUUCCUCCUACCAAUUCAAUACUGAGUAGCUUAUCCGAGAUUAUGCCAAAGAGUUCAGUUACAAAUCCAGAUACUCCCAAUUUGAUGACUUCCGUACCGGUGGUUGUAAAAGAUAAUUUAUGUGUCAAUUAUCGUAGACUACCUCUAAAAACAACAUGUGCUUCUAAAUCACUGGAAAACUUUUGUUCACCAUAUGAUGCUGCUGUAAGUUAAAAAUGCUUAAAUUUGAAAAUCAUUAGUUCAAUCUUGUAUUUGUUUAGAAAUUAGACAGACUAAAUUCAGUAUUUUCCUAUAUUUUUUAAAUUAAUGUGUUCAUUUCUAGGUGUUGCAAUUUUUCCACUACACUCGUACCAGUCUUUUGAUUGACAUCUGUUGUUGAAUGUUGGGUUCAAAUAAAAUGAUAAAUCCUGAACAGUUAACGAAAACACUAUUGCUGGUCAUUUAUUAAUGGACUAAACGUUUCUGUCAAGCCAAUUUUAUCGAAAUAUAUACUCACCCUUUCUUAUUUCAUUAAGGUAUCAAUAUGUAGGAUAAAGGGUGUUGAGAAAGUUGAAGUAGAUAUAUUUUUACAAUUCUUCUAAUAAAAUUAAACAAUCUAUGUUCAAGUACUAUAAUAUCUCUCCACAAAACGUUGAAGUUUUUCCACAGAAAUGGUAUACAUUACUGCCGUAUUCAAACCUAAUUAUAAAAGCAUAGUUUUUCAACUGUAGGUCGCUUAAGAACGUAUACAUUUUAUAACCACAGGCAUUUCCAAGCUAUGUACGUUGUAUCCACAAUCGAUACAGAAUUUCUCAAACCUCAUAGUUGGGGGAGCAUGUUAAACCAUCGCUUAGAAACUUCGUGAUAUUUUUAUGAUUUCAAAGUUUUCAGUCGUUUGAAUUUGACAUAUAUCAAAAGAUAAAAUAAAAUGUAUUCAGAGAAUAAGGUUACACGAUACGUUAAUUUAGUUUUAUUAUAGCCAGUUACUUUUAUUAUGUGUCUGCAAUUGUUCAAAACUUCAAGAUGAAAUGAUUCAUGAACUUUUGUGUGAAUAAAAGCACGUACAUUUCAUAUGAGACUAACUUGUUCUUUACAUACAGUUAUCCUUUUUGAAAACCGUGAUAUUAUUUCAAAUCCCAUUAAACGUAAGGAUGUAAAUAGUUAUACGCUACUUACACUGAUCUUUAGUCCUCAUCAAACUGCUUAGCACAGCUAAUUCAGUGCAGAAAUCACCGAGAGUGUACUUUGUAUCAUUCGACAAAGUGAUUAGUGUUUAUGUUAAUUAAGUGGUCAUUUAUCGAAUUCUCUGCUUUAUUUCGGGAUAGUUUUGGAUACGUUACUUUCAAGUAACAAAAACAACCUAUUCGUACUAGCAAUUAUUAAUAACUAAGUGGCAUUAUCGUACUAUAUAGUUUGUAUAUUGUUAAAUUUUCCCGGUUAGUUUUUACUGAAUUUACGAAAGUAAAUAACCAAGAGCAUCAAAAUGUUAAUUUAUACAUACGAAUCAAUAUAGAGCUUAGAUGUUAUUCAGUCACCACACUCAAAUGUCAGUUUGUAUUUCAAAUUGUAGUUCUGCUUAUUUAAACAUUUUAAACAGCUAUUUGCUGGAAUAUUUUUGUUUGAUUCCUUGUCUCUUUCAAAUGACUUCUCCAGGUUGUAUCAUCUCUUCUUCAUUCAGGAGCUUUUAUUAUCGGGAAGUCAAAUAUGGAUGAGUUCGCAAUGGGUUGUGGAUCUACAGAUAGUGCAGUUGCUGGUCCUGUUGUUAAUCCAUGGUCUGAAAAAGCAGCUAGCGAAAUUCGUCUUAUCUCGGGAGGUAGUUCUGGAGGUAGUGCUGCUGCAGUUGCUGCUGGUCUUUGCUUGGCUAGCGUUGCUUCGGAUACUGGUGGUUCAGCACGAUUACCUGCUGCUUAUUGUGGAGUUGUUGGUUUAAAGCCAACAUAUACUUUACUCUCUCGUCAUGGUCUUAUCCCAUUAGUAAACACUUUAGACGUACCUGCCAUCAUUGCACCAUCUGUCAGCGAUGUGGCUUGUGUUUUAACAAGUUGGCUAUCCCCCAUAAAUAACUUUGCACGAAUAGGUGAUGCCACAUGUUCUCAACUUCCACACUCUUUUCUGACUCGUAUGUACAAUGAAUUGCAAGCUCUUGCCAAAGGUGAUUUAGAUUCUGCUUCCAAGGACGCUCCGCUACGCAUAGGUAUCCCGUUAGAGUAUCAUGUUCCUGGUCUUCAAGAGGAGAUAUGUUCCAUGUGGGACACUGUUGCCGGUUGGUUAGCUGAUCAUUUAUCCUGUCUUGUACAGUUAGUCAGAUUACCUCAUACACCUAUGGCCACAACUGUGUAUUCAGUUUUGUGUGCGACAGAAGUAGCAUCAAACAUGGCCAGGUAAUUUCAAAUUACACUUCAUUCCGAAAAUAUUCUUUUCUAUGGGUUAUUGAUUUCUUACCGUUAUAGAUUAUUAAUAUUGUGGACUGUUAAUGUUCAUAGCUGGGUGCUGCUAAGAAUUUCCAGGAUAAAUUGGAAUAGAUGUUCAACACGAUCUUGCUUUCAUGAUUGUGUACCAACGUUUAGUAAAAACUAUUUUCAAUUAAUAAUUAAAACGGAUCACAUGAACUUUUCAAUAAUGUAAGGGUCUGGGAUUUAUGAGUGUUAUCUGUAUUGCGGCAUGUGAAUCUGGUCGAACUGUAUAAUUGUUGUAUUACUUUAUAUGCAAACGAAAUUCUCGGUUGACAAUUAGAUUCACUGUUAUAAGUAAUCUUUUUUUGUCCGUCAGGGUUGAGAGUAUUAAAUUUUCUCUUCAUAAAUAAGCAAAUAUCGACUUACUAGGAAUCUGUUCUGCUUUUUAAUGAUCUAAUUAAUUUCUAUUCAGAUACGAUGGGUUAAAGUAUGGAUUUUCCACAACGAAGUUAUCCAACUAUCAUGAAGAUUCAUUUCUGAAAAAUACGGUGACACAAUACUCUGCUACUCGUUCAUUAGGUUUCGGUGAUGUUGUUCAAGGCAGAAUUUUCGCUGGUAAUUUCUUUCUUCUUCGAGAUCAACAGUGUCGACAUUUAGCUGCUGCACGACGUCUAUGGCGUUUGAUCAAGGAAGAUUUUAUGAAGGUAAUGUCUAGAUUUUUGUGCUAACAAAUGUACUUCAUCGAUAUAAGAAAACCAGAAAUUCUACAUAACACCACAUGAGUUUUAGCCCAUUGUGUCACAUUAAUUAUAUAGUUAGCGUGUUAUCAAAAACAUUGUUUAAUUAAUAUCAUUAUUAAUGGCUUUAUUUAAUAUUAUAUUUUUGGUACAAUAUAGAACUCUCAUCACAAAGUAUUUCAACAAGUUUCCUUUCCUUAUUUCUUGAUCGACCCUGGCGAUAAAUACUAAGUGAUCGCCAGUUCAGGAAUCGACAUCUGAAUAAUAUUCAUUUUUUAAAAUGCAUAUUGCUAAUCACCAUGAUGCCUCUGAUUAUACGUUUUUGUAACCUGUAUAGCGAAAGGUCGUAAACUUUUCAUAGACGCGCCUAAAAUGGUUAUGCGAUUAAUAGACGUAAUGAUGUGCUAAAACAAACAAAAACAGAUAACGUGUUGAAAUAUCGAGAUGACAGAAACAGGUAUCCCAAAUUGUUGACUUUUGAUGUAGAAUAUAAUUUUUACUAUUAUUAGACUUCACAUAUAAUUAAGCUUUUUAUCGAUGUUGGUAUUUUCAGGUUUUUGAAUCAGUUGAUUUUAUAUUAACACCAGUAUCACCUAGUUUACCUAUUAGUAUAGAUGAAUUUUCCAAACUCGACAAUCGAACACGUACUACACUUGAUGAUGUAUGUACAGUAGCUGUAAAUUUGUCCGGAUUACCUGCAAUUUCAUUUCCUGUCGGUCUAUCAUCUACACGUGGAUUACCAAUUAGUUUACAAUUAAUUGGACCAUACUUUUCAGAAUGUCAACUGUUAUCACUCGCUGCUAAAUUAGAACAUCAGGCAUGUUUUCAACCUUUAAUUAAUCAUCAAUCCAUUAUUGAUUCUAUUUAAGAGUGCUUGAUUUUUUUAAUUUUUCUUAGUCUCUUUUCCCUCAUUUCUUUCGGUAAAUCAUUUGAAAUUGAAUUAUCGAGUGAAGUUGUAUAUCUCCUUCUUUUGUUUCUAUUGGUUUCUUAUGAAAAAGAAAUUAAUUGUACGAAUUUGACAUAUACUAGUUCUAAUUUUUUAGUGAUAUUACGAUGACAAUAUACUGAAUUGUUCUAUAGUUUAAUACUGUUUUUUCUUAAUCUAUUAAUCAUUCGAAGAAAAUUAAAUAAAUUAAUUAAGUUUUCCUUGUUUAUUGCAUUUUUUUGCCGGGGAAAAGUUAUAUAUAUAUAUAUAUGACGGUCAGUUAAUUAACCAUUCAUAUUCUGUUGAUCACAGAACAGAGGGACCUUACGUUUGUUUCUUUUUGUUUUGGAAAAAGAAACAAACUGAUAGUCGUCAGUAUUUUUAAUUUAUAUUGAAAUAGCUACUACUUUUAUUCAUUUGCAAAUAUUUCGUUUGUUUCCGAAUUUCUCGUCAUAUUGAAAUCAAUUAAUCUUUUUAAUUGAUGAACUCAAGUGUUCAAGUAUUAGGUUAUUGAUCAGUGCCAUCACUAGUUAAUAAAACAAUUGACUUUUAAUCACAAUUGUAAAUCCAAACCUUUCCGCUUCCGUAUGACUUUUAGAAGCCGGUGCUUGAUUACUGAACUGCGUGUAUAUUCAUUUAUAAUUUGUAUUUUUAGGUAUAUUUAGUAAUUUAAGUGAUUUUGUACCAAAAUUAUCAACUAUGUGGGAUGUAUUUUCACCGAAGUUUUAUCAGAAUAUUAUUAAAAAUAAAUUAGCGUAAAUUGUAUAUCUUUCAAUGGUUGAGAUCAAUUGUCAGUUGAAGCUAGACCAUUAUAGGGACCCUGGAAGUACUGGACGGCCGUUUCGUCCUAUUGUGCGACUCCUCAGCAGUGCGCACCCACGAUCCCGCCUCGCGAGAUUUGGACCUAGGACCUACCAGUCUCACGUGCGAGCCGGCAUCCAUGGUGAUCUCAGUCAGUCAGUUACAACGUAGGACCAGGCACAUUUAUGCAUCGGUCCAAGUUGCCAUGCCACAUUAACACAACAAGAUGGACACCGGAUUCAUAAAAGUAGUUAAUUCAGAGGUUGUAAUAUAUAAAAGAAAGAUUGCAAUAAGGAUAUAGUACAGGAAGAAAGAAUUAGUUCGUAAAAAGAAAGAUAUGAAGCAAUUUUAAUCUCUUAGUUUAAGGGAAGAUAGAGAGUGUAUACACCGACGCCAUUGUGAUCGAUUCUGAGCCAUGUCACCAAGAGUCUCCAACCAUUGGUUACGAUAGUCACGCGGACCCCAACCAAGUAGUCCGCAUCUACCAACAUGGCUCAGACUAGAAGUUAGUGACUUCAAGCACUGAUGCCACGUUUUUGUUUGGCCGCCCCUGACUUUCUUCCAACCAUCCCGAACGCCGGUUAGCAUUGCACGUCGUGGUAAUUGGUGUUCAGGCAUACGUAACACGUGACCCGACCAUCUCAGUCGAUGAAGAUUCACAACCUUAUCAACUGAUUUACCAUCCUUCCCUAAUACCCUGUGUCUAACCUCACUAUUACUUACCCGGUGAUCCCAUAAGAUGCGAGCAAUAUUUCUGAGGCAUCUGUGGUCAAAUGCUAGUAGCUUACGAGUGUCUUCUACUCUUAAUGACCAUGUUUCGCUGCCGUAAAUUAAAACAGAACGGACUGUCGCGCAGUAUACUCGUCGUUUUAUUGGUAGACGGAUAUCUCGCCUUCGCCAUAGGUGAUGUCAGUUGGCAAAAGCCAAGCGAGCUUUUCGAAUCCGUGCUGAGAUUUCGUCAAACACCAACUCAUUAGGGCUGAUCAGACUUCCAAGAUAAGUGAAGUUGUCAACGCGUUCCACUACUUCACUCCCUAUCCUUAGUUCAGGUGUUGACGCAGACCAGUCCUGAAGCAACAACUUGCAUUUAGAGGGAGAGAAGCGCAUUCCAAACAUUCUGGCAUUGUUGCUUAGUGCUACCAGAAGACUGCAUUUUAUCAGCGUCUUCACCAAACAGGACUAUGUCAUCUGCGUAUUCUAAGUCGAUAAGUGGACCUCCUGGAUGGAGAUCAAUACCCGAGAGUUCAGUCGACGAGAAUAUUAUUUCCAUCAAUAGGUCUCUGAUGAUGUUAAACAAAAAUGAAGAAAGUGGUCAGCCUUGACGGACACCACUUGAGGUUGCAAAAGUAGAUGACAGUUCACCAUAAGCUCUGACUCGAUUAGUAGUGUUCGAGUAAAGAGCCUUCACAAGGUUUAUAUACUUCUGAGGUACGCCUUUCAAUGACAGAUACUGCCACAGAAUAUCGCGGUCUACUGUGUCAAAUGCUGCUUUCAAGUCAAGAAAGACCACCAUUGUCGGACGCCGGUAAGUAUGCCUAUGUUCUAGAACCUGACGAAUGGUGAAUAUGUGGUCGAUGCAGCCACGACCAUGUCUGAAGCCAACUUGAUUCUCUCGUGUUUGCAGUUCACGGGUCUUAGUUAAGCGUCUGAAAAUUACUGAGGCUAGUAUUUUAGAUGCUAUAUUAGUUAAACUAAUCCCUCUGUGGUUUUCACAGAAUGAUUUUGAUCCUUUAUGUAUCGGGACAAUAAGCGAUUACGACCAGCCAGAUGAGAUAACGUCCAACUCCCAGAUCUUAGCUAAAAUAUUAAUGAACCUAGUCGCUAAAAUUGUACCGCCAUACUUAAAGACUUCUGGAGUCAAUCGAUCUGGACCAGCUGCCCUUCGUCGUCUCAGAUUAGCUAUGGCCUUAUGAACUUCAGUUAGAGUUGGGGGACCUAUUUCAAUGUUCCAUUCACACCAUCUGGGAAUGGUGGGUAGUCUUAGAGUAUCUGAA